AACAUUUUUUCUUUUCUCUUUGGCGCUUGGAACUUGAAGCUCAUGAAUUUCCCCAAAUCUCUCCAACGACAAUGCUUCAUCGUAUCAAAAUUUUCUCGAGCAAACUAAUCAUUAAACAACAUUGUCUCCAGCGAAGUUGUCGUACGAAGUCUACUCGCCACUUCAACAACGUCAGAGAUGAAGAUGAAGAAUAUCACAAAGUCAGAAGAAAAACUGAAAAUGAAGAACCACAAAUAUAUUUGCUUAAGAGUAGAGGUCAACAUCUUCUCAUGAAUCCUCGAGUCCUUAAUUCCAUAGUCCAAAAAUCCAACAUACUUUCUACUGAUACCGUUCUAGAAAUUGGACCAGGCACCGGAAAUCUCACCCUCAAGCUUCUAGAAGUUGCCGAAAAAGUCAUAGCCAUUGAAAUUGACAAACGUAUGAUAGAGAUUCUUCACAAGCGCGUCUCUGAACGAGGACUUCAAGACCGUUUAACUGUUAUAUGCCAAGAUGCUUUAAAGACUGAGUUUCCCCGGUUUGAUCUUAUGGUAGCCAACAUCCCUUAUGGAAUUUCCUCGCCUCUUGUUGCUAAAUUAGUUUAUGGAAAGAACUCAUAUAGGAGUGGGACACUACUGUUGCAGAAAGAGUUUGCAAGGAGGCUAUUGGCAAAUCCAGGGGACUCAGAGUUUAAUAGAUUAGCAGUGAACGUGAAGCUGGUGGCUGACGUAGAGUUUGUCAUGAAUGUGAGCAAGAAGGACUUUUUGCCAUGUCCAAAGGUUGAUUCUUCUGUUGUGAAGAUACAUCCUAAAACUGAAAUUCCAGAGGUGGACUAUGAAGAAUGGUGUGCAUUUACAAGAACUUGCUUCACCAAGAAAAAUAAAACAUUGGGUGCGAUCUUUAAGCAGAAAAGAAUGUUGAUGGAGUUAAUGAAACUGCAAGAAACCAAAGGAGAUGAAGAGAACAACACAUUGUACAAUGAUUAUCAUGUUAAUGAUUCCGAAGAUGAAGACGGGCUGAGCAAUGAAGACAAUGUUAAUUUCUCUUCCGAUGUGGGGAAGAACUUGAAUAUGUUUAGAGAGAUAAUCAAUGACAUUUUAAGAGCUGGUGGAUUUGAAGAUAAGAGGCCUUCAAAGCUCUCCCACGUGGAGCUGCUGGACUUGCUUUCUUUAUUCAAUCGAGCUAGGAUACAUUUUCACAGUCAAGUAAAUCCCAAGGAUGAAAGUGAUGCAGAUCUUGCUUCUGCAUUUGGUCCAUUAUAGAGCCUUAAUGCACCUAUGCUUGUGUAAAUACAUGCUGCAUGGUUUCUUACCUCAUUUUCGUAAAUGGAAAUUCAACCAACUUCAUUGAUCUAUCCAUAGCUGCAGAUGAUCAAUUGUUUUUGCAAGAAUCUUGCAGAAGAUGUCACUUCAACCUCAGAAAGUUCAUACUUUGUAGGUGAUUGAUUGGUCUGUGCCUCUCUCAAUCCUUUUAGUAAAAGAUAGCACGCUUUCAUCACUCAUUCUUAGUCAUAUCAUGACUACUGCAUUCUGGGCACAAACUUUAUGUUUCUCUUGAUUGAAUUUGAUUGGUGGAAUGCCGAAUGGGACCUCAUGGUGUUGUUUAACUAUUUAAUAUCAGUUAUAUUUAGCAGAUGGAUUGACUCCAAUGGAGCCCAAUAUCGAGUUGUGCACUAGGGAAAUAAGUUUCGGAGCCUUGAGAUGGUUUAUUGGGCUCGUUUCCAAAAUCCUCCUGUCAGGCCUGAGAGUAUCAAGUUGUUUGCUAGCACCUUGUUGUCCAUCUGCAGAACUGGAGCUCCGGCUGGUAUUUGGCACACUUCACCCUGAGCUUUUUAUAAGAUUUUGCCAUUCAAUAGUUUUCAGCUUAACCGACAGUCACCAGAAAGGGAAGGGCCAGCACAAGCUUUGUGUGAAAAGAACCAGCUUGGAACCCCCAGCUCUCUACCUUCAUGUUGUUAUUCUACUCAUGCUGGAAUAUUGGGUUUUGGCUGUCCUAUUUAACUGUCUUCUUCUUUUCUUGUUUGGGUAAAUUCUUAAUAGAUUUUUUCUUCCAAGUUCUUAAUCAUCAGGAUUAUUUUUAAUGUGUUCUCCCUUUGGUUUUACCAAAGGCCAUGUUGGAUGUAAUAUGGAGUUGAUAUAGCUCAAUAUUGAUCAAAAGGGAAAUCAUCUAUCUUCAUUUU